CUGAGGUGUGUUUACACGUGAUAUUCGUGCACGGAUGAAAUUUCAGUCUGAACGUUUUGAAAUCUUACAUGUAGUUGUUUGACCUGCUGAAAUUAAAGUUAAAAAUGGGAAAAACUAGGAAGAAGUACAACUGGAAGGGAAGACAACAGAGUGACCCUCAACAACCAGAGGGUGAAGAAAAGACAGACAUUGUGGUGGAACUGAAAGAUGGAGCCAGGCUGAAAGGUGUAGAUGAGAGCAAUGCUUUGGUCCUCCCAGCCAACAAAGCCAAGAAGAAAAAAGCCUCACUGACACCGGUCUCCACCAGAAAACCACUCACCAAGAAGCAGAGGAAAGAGCUGCAGAAAGUGCUGGAGCGCAAGGAGAAGAAAGCUCAGAGAGCAGAUAUCUUGACCAAACUGGCUGAGGUGCAGAUUCCAGAGUCUGAGAUUAAGCUGCUGUACACCACAUCAAAACUGGGAACAGGAGAGAAGAUUUACCAGACUAAACAUUCCUUGGAUGAAACAAAGGAUCGAGACUCUGGUCCAAAAAUCAGCAGCGUCAGUGGAGCGAACAGAAAAAGAAAAUUGAAGGAAGAGGAGGAAGAUGAAGGACUAAAGGCAGAGGAAAGUAGUGACACUUCCUCUGAUGAUGAUGAGGAGAUGGAAAAAGAGGUUGAAGAAGUGAAUGAAAGCACAGAGAUGGCUGACACUAAUAAAACCACCUCUGCCAGUGAGGAAACAGAGGACAAACAGGGAGUGAAGGAAGAACCACAGAAAACAGACAUACAAAGUAAGAGUGUUUCAGAUCAGGAGAAAGUAAAAAAGAUGGAGGAUUCGAAGCCAACAGUCUUCAUUCCUGUUGACAGAUCUCCAGAAAUACAGGAGGCUCGUCUGAAGCUGCCGGUGUUGGCAGAGGAGCAGGUCAUCAUGGAGGCAGUGAGAGAACACCCCUGUGCCAUCAUCUGUGGAGAGACAGGAAGUGGAAAAACAACACAAGUGCCUCAGUUUCUAUAUGAAGCUGGUUAUGCCAGUGGAAGUGGAAUUAUUGGCAUCACAGAGCCGAGACGAGUUGCUGCUGUGAGCAUGUCGCAUCGAGUGGCCAAAGAGAUGAAUCUGUCCACACGAAUUGUGUCUUACCAGAUUCGGUAUGAGGGAAAUGUGACGAAUGAGACCAAAAUCAAGUUCAUGACAGAUGGUGUUCUGUUGAAGGAGAUUCAGAAGGAUUUCCUUCUCCAGAGAUACAGUGCGAUAAUCAUAGAUGAAGCCCAUGAAAGGAGUGUGUAUACAGACAUCCUCAUCGGACUGUUGUCUCGCAUUGUCCCACUCAGAAACAAGAAAGGUUUGCCCAUGAAGCUGCUGGUCAUGUCAGCUACUCUGAGGGUUGAAGACUUCACAGAAAACCAGAAGCUAUUUCGGGCGCCUCCACCUGUGAUCAAGGUGGAAGCUCGCCAGUUCCCUGUCAGUAUCCACUUCAACAAGCGCACCCAACUGGAGGAUUACACUGGAGAGGCUUUUCAGAAGACCUGCAAGAUCCACCGGAUGCUGCCUUCAGGUGGCAUCCUGGUGUUUCUCACCGGUCAGGCAGAGGUUCACACUCUGUGCAGAAGACUGAGAAAAGCUUUCCCCUUUAGAAAGAGAAACACAACCACUGGUGAAGUUGAAGAAGCAGACACAUCAGAGGCGAUGAGGAAGUUUAAAAAGGCCAAACAGAAGAAGACUGUUUCUCUGCCCCGUAUCGACUUGGAUAACUACUCUGCCCUGCCGAUGGAUGAAGGUGACGAGGACAGAGAGGCAGGGAUCGGAGACGAGGAGGAUGACGGCUCUGACGUGGACAUUGGAGACGAUCCCGACCAUGCAGAGGAGAAGGCUGAUCCAUCUAUUCCUCUCUAUGUCCUUCCUUUGUACUCUUUGUUGGCACCAGAGCAGCAGGCGAAGGUGUUCAGGCCGCCCCCUCCUGGUACUCGUCUGUGUGUUGUUGCCACCAACGUGGCUGAGACGUCUUUGACCAUUCCUGGCAUCAAGUACGUAGUUGACUGCGGUCGCGUUAAGAAGCGCUUCUACGACCGAGUGACCGGCGUGUCGUCCUUUAAAGUCACAUGGACUUCACAGGCUUCCGCCAACCAGAGGGCGGGUAGAGCAGGACGAACAGAGCCGGGCCACUGCUACAGGUUGUACUCGUCUGCAGUGUUUGGAGAUUUCAGUUUGUUCUCAGAAGCAGAGAUCACACGCAGGCCUGUGGAAGACCUGGUUUUACAGAUGAAGGACCUCAACAUAGAGAAGGUGGUUAAUUUUCCUUUUCCCACAUCUCCCUCGGCUGAGGCUCUUGUAGCAGCAGAGGAGUUAUUGAUUUCGUUGGGAGCUUUGAAAGAGCCUCCUCGUACUGGAAGGGUUAAACAGAUGGCACAGGCGAGGCUGAGUUGUCCCAUCACCCCCCUUGGCAGAGCGAUGGCUUCAUUUCCUGUGGCACCACGUUAUGCUAAAAUGUUAGCACUCGGGAAGCAGCAGGAUUGCCUGCCGUAUGUUAUUGCCUUGGUAGCAGCAAUGACAGUCCGGGAGGUCUUUGAAGACUUCAACAGACCUGCAGGUAGUGAAGAGGAGAACUCCAAGCUCACCCAGCGUCGAGCUCGGCUGACCCAAAUGAGGAGGUUGUGGGCUGGGCAAGGAGUUUCCCUUCUAUUGGGGGACCUCAUGGUCAUGUUGGGUGCUGUUGGUGCUUGUGAGUUUUCUGGCUGUACUCCCAAGUUUUGCGAGGAGAACGGCAUGAGGUAUAAGGCCAUGGUGGAGAUCAGGAGGCUCAGAGGACAACUCACCAAUGCAGUGAACACAGUGUGUCCAGAGGUGGGAGUAUUUGUGGAUCCUAAGAUGAGUCCACCGACGGAGCACCAGGUGUUUUGCUUGCGGCAGAUUGUUUUGGCGGGACUGGGAGACCACCUUGCACGACGUGUGCAGGCGGAAGAUAUCCUCGACCCAAAAUGGAAAAAUGGAUAUAAGACGUGUCUCAUGGACGACCCAGUGUUUAUUCAUCCCACAUCUGCGCUGUUCAAAACACUGCCCGAUUUUGUCGUCUACCAGGAGAUCAUGGAGACCACCAAGAUGUACAUGAGAGGCAUAUCAGCAGUAGAAGCAGAGUGGGUUCCCCAGAUUCUUCCUCAAUACUGUCAUUUCGGCCCCCCUCUGGAGUCACCAGCGCCAUGGUUCUGCUCGUCCACUGGCACCAUCAGGUGUCACUGUUUAAGCACCUUCUUUCGUGUGGGGUGGCAACUGCCAGCAGUGGAGAAGGAUUAUCCAGAGGGACUGGAUCGCUACAAACUGUUUGCCAGGUUUCUGUUGGAAGGACAGGUUUGUCCCAAACUAAAGAAAUACAGUGGUCACCUUCUCUCAAACCCCUCCAUCAUGAUGAAAACAUGGGCAAAGCUGCAACCCAGGACAGAGGCUGUGCUGGGAAUGCUGGUGACAAAGAGUGUCGACUGCAGAGACACACUGCUCUCUGUCUGGAAGACUGAUGAGAAAUUUCUACUGUCUGCAUACUGUCAGUGGAUUCCUGAAUCCAUUCACCAAGAAGUAGCCAAAACCUGGCCUCCAAUAUAAAGGCUGUGAUUUAAAAAAACAGAUCACAUUAUGGAGUUUUUUGCUGAGACAUACAGUAUGUCAACCUGCAAAUUAGUUUUAGCCACAUCUUCAAUUGUCUAAUCUACCACGUCACAAUGUGGUAUUUUCAACUGUUUGUAUUUUAUAUACUGUAUAAUUUGUACAGUUUUGUCUGGAGGACAGUAUUUCUACCACUGCUCCAAAAUAAGUGUGUGUGCUGCUGUCAUUUGUGUUUCAGAUUUAGUCUUCAUAAGACUUAUUAAAACUAUGACACUCUGA